UUAGAUCCUCAUGAAUCUCCACUGGUGGAGCUUCUUCACACUUUUCUGCUUGGUGUCUGCAAGUAUCUAUGGGGCCACACAGUCGAGAUCCUGGAGAAGAAACCAAAUACCAAAGCUGGUCAUGCCCAGCGACCAAAGGCAUGUAUGCCAAUGGCCCUUGUUCAGAUGAGGAUCGACACACUAAGCAAGGAUGGCUUGAACAUCCCAUCAAUACCAUUGGCAUACAUUGUGCAGUACAAAUACUCCCUGAUCAGCAAACAUUUUCACCUACUUAUUCAAAUGAUGCCCUUCUUGAUUGAGGAUCUUGUUGAUGGAGAAGUUCUGGAAGCAUGGGUCAUGUUGGGCUUGGCUGCAGUUCAGUUAUGGCAGACAGACAUCCAGGAUUCAAACUCAUAUCUG